UACAGUAAACUGUGGUUCAGUGUAAAGUAGCUUAGAGAGAUGACAACAGCUAGCACAGCUCUCCACUGGCUCCCACUGUUGUUCAAUUGGUAGAGUUAUUGAUUAGUUAACGGGUAAGAAUGACACGAGUCAACAAUUUCUCAACAGUCGAGUUAUUAUUAUCUUAAGCGCUAACGUUAGCUAACUAAUGCUACAGCUGUUUAACCUGUGCAGCUAGCUAGUGAAGGGCUAACUGAGUCACCUGUGAUGGUCAGGGGCUGUCAUCAUAACGAAGGAGAAGCUGACAUGGAAGACUGCCAUGAGGAAGAAGACAUGAUAGAAAUACCUGAGCUGCCUCUGGAGAUCAUAGUUUACAUCCUGAGGUUUCUUCAUGCUUCAGACAGGAAGGAAGCCUCACUGGUCUGCCGCAGUUGGUACUAUGCCAGCCAGGACUUGCACUUUCAGAAGAACGUCACCUUCUGCGUCCCCGCUUCAGCCUCGUCCCUGGAGAUGAUCAGAGGUCUGGGCAAGAAGUCCCGCUGCAGCCUCAUUAUCAGCCAGCUGGAUGGGUUCAGCAUGUCCAGGUCACUGCUUCUGGAGGUGGGUCUGUGUCUGGGCUCCAAGCUGGAGAGCUUGUCUCUGCCUGGCAGCAGCAUCACAGAGGCAUCUCUGCUGACCCUCCUCCCCCGCCUCACCUCCCUCCGCAGGCUGGACCUCAGGGGCCUGGACAGCCUCUUCAUGUCUGGGGCGUUCCUCUCCAGGGAGGAGCACAGACAGCAGGUGCGGUCAGCUCUGUGUGGUCUGGAGGAGCUGGACCUGUCCAACCUGCGCUACCUGUCUGACCUCACCUUCAACCGGCUCACCGGCUGCACGCCGCACCUCCGCCGCCUCUCGCUGGCCGGCUGCCAUAUUGCCUUUGAGUUUGACCCGUACAGAGGUUGCCCCGUGGGAGCCGUGAAGGACUCCUCAGCGUUGCUGUCACUGAGGAAUUUGAGGAAACUGUUGACGGAGCAGAAAUCCACUCUGGUAGCUCUGGACCUGAGCAGAACCUCCAUCACUCCAGAGUCACUACGCACUAUUGCUCAGGUGGAGGGUUUAGUGUUAGAGGAACUGUGUCUGCACGGCUGUAAGGAGCUGACCGACUACUCCAUGGAGGUUCUGGUGAAGCACCAGCCGAGCCUCCACAAACUGGACAUCAGCGCCUGCACAGAGCUGACCAGCAGGUCUGUGGAGGCCAUCGCACAGGGCCUGAAGGCUCUGACUCACCUCUCCUUGUCCCGCGAUUGGAGGAUCACUGAAAAAGGCCUGGCAGAGCUUCUGUGUGUGUCGUCCCUGAGGAGCCUGGAUCUGUCUGAGUGUCUGCAUGUCGGUGGAACAGAGAUCGUGAAAGGUUUGAGUGAGUCUGGAGCUGCCAGAGCUCAGCUGGAGACCCUCAGCCUCAAGAGCUGCACCUACAUCAGGGAUCUUGCAGUUUUCUCUCUCACCCAGCUGCUCGGGGGAACUCUGCGUGAGCUGGACCUGACGUCCUGUGUGAACGUGACGGAUCUGUCAGUGCGAGCGAUAGCUACGUACCUGCAGCGUCUGGUGGUCCUGCGGCUCGGCUGGUGUAAAGAGGUCACAGACUGGGGUCUGCUGGGGAUGGUGGAAACUACCAAAUGUGAUCCGGACCAGGAGAUGGGAGACAAGGGUCCCAGGUUCACCCGGACCUUCGGCAACAUGGGCUUCUUCAAGCCUCCCCGUAUGCCGUUUGAGGAUCGGCCCAAGCUGGUGACCCAGAACGACCUGCAGCAGUUCAAACAGCAGGCCGGAGCUUCACUUCUGGCUCUCAGCAGGCUGCAGGAGCUCGACCUCUCCGCCUGCCCCAAACUCACAGACAGCAGCAUCACACAGGUGGUGCGGUACCCAGAGCUCCACCGUCUGUCUCUCUCCAUGCUGCCGGAGAUCUCUGACGCCAGCUUGGCGUCGGUGGCCUGGCACUGCCGCAGCCUGACCAGCCUGGCGCUCAGCCACUGCCCCGGGAUCAGCGACCACGGACUGGCUCAGGCUGCACCGUACCUGCACCGGCUGCAGCACCUCUACCUCUCCUGCUGCAACAACAUCACUGACAGGUCCUUGUCCCUCCUGGUGCAGCACUGCAGGCGUCUGCAAACACUCGACAUCUCCAGGUGCAAAAACAUCUCGGUAACAAUGGUGGACGUCCUCCAAUCAAAGCUGCCCUUCUUGGAAAACGUCCACUACAAAUACAUCGGAGGGGCUGAUCAUAAUCUCUCCCUCUGACUGAGGGACUGAACCUUUCAACAAAAUGCACAAAAACUGAACAAAAUGUUGAAAGUUGGGA